AUGGACGGCAUCUGUACAUCCUCCACAUUUGGAAAGCUUAAGGAUCUUAAGCUAGUUAAUCUUCAGGUUUUUGAUAGAUUUUGGGAGGCAACACAUGGAGGCACCGUAGCAUUUCCUCAGCUUGAGAUAUUGCACAUUGAAGGCUGUAAAAAUUUGGCAGCAUUACCGGAAGCAUCGGUGCUCAGAGAACCGUAUGGUGGUGGAGAUUAUACAGCGGCCCGCUCUGCAUUUCCAGCACUGAAGAAGCUCAGACUGGAAGAUUUAAAUAGCUUUGAGAGAUGGGAGUCUGCCCUUGAAAUUGAAGAAGAACAUGCACUGUUCCCUUUGCUUGAGAUUGUUGGUAUCGAGAAAUGCCCAAAGUUAACAACUCUGCCUAGGGCACCAAAGGGCGUCAAGCUGGAUGAUAAGGAGAAAUGGGACCAUCCGUCGUCUGUGCUGCAAGAUCUGACAAUUUAUAGCUGCGAUGAGCUUGUGUACUGGCCGGAGAAAGUAUUCCAAAGCUUGAUUUCCUUGCGGAGGCUACGGAUUCAGAACUGCGAUAAUCUAAUUGGAUACGCAGCGGCAAAUGCUCCUGACCAGGAAACAUCAGGAAGGAGCCAACUUUUGCCCCAUCUUGAGUCUCUAGAGAUAUGGCAGUGUGGAAGUCUGGUAGAGGUCUUCAACUCCCCUGCUCUCAAGAGGAUGGAUGUUCAAUACUGUUGUAAGCUUGAGUCCCUAUACGGCAGGCAACAGUUGAAUCAAGAGGCUAGUAGUACCCAUGACGUGGCAGCAUCCACACCUGUUGAGGAGAAGCUGUCACCAUGGGCGGACCCGGAUAAGCUCCUUCCAUCAUCUUUAGAAUCUCUAACAAUAUGGGACUGUGACGGGUUGUCAGAGGUUGUCAAUCUCCCCUCGUCCCUCAGGCGAAUAGAUACUCAAAAUUGCUCCAAACUACGGUUCAUAUCAGGCCAGCUGGAUGCACUCAAAGAGCUACUAAUUUACAACUGCCCAGAGUUGCGAUCACUAGAAUCAUUAUGCAUCAUAGAUCUCUCAGCACUGGAAUCCCUCGCUCUGAACAGUUGCAUAAGCCUGACAUCCUUGCCCAGUGGGCCAGAACCACAAGAAUACUCAUCUCUUCGUCGGCUUACAAUUAUUGAGUGCCCACGUAUAAAAUCGCUCCCUUCGACUCUGCAGCAGCGACUGGACAGCGGCCUCAUGGAAGAUACGUAUCUAGAUUCUCGUCUUGAAGAUCGCUCUCCACGGCUGCUUGGUGGGCGUCUCUGCUCCUGGCUUUAA